AUGUCCCUGGAUAUAAUCGACAACCCCUCGUUGAUCAAACCUGCCCUCGACCAGCUCAAGGCCAGCUACUUGGAGGGCGGGUGCCGGCCCCUCAAGGCCCGCAAGGCCGCCCUCAACAAGCUGCUUCAGGGGCUCACUGAAAUGGCCAAUUAAUUCCACGAUGCGCUCAAGGUCGACCUCGGCGUCAACUAAUUCGGCUCUGAGCUUUACAGCCUCUUCAUCACCAAAAAGGAAAUCGAGAACAACAUCGCCCAUCUCGACCAGUGGGCCAAGCCGAUCUCUUACGAUACUCCGGUCGCGAUCGGCCCCGGCAAGAGCUACGUCGUCAAGGAGCCGCUGGGGGUGGUGCUGGUCAUGAGUGCGUGGAACUAUCCUAUCUACACAUCGAUAGGCGCCGUCGCUCCCGCGAUCGCCGCGGGCAACUGUGUUAUCCUCAAGCCCAGUGAGAUGGCACCUGCCUCAUCUAAAGUGCUCACCAAAAUGUUCGAAAAGUACAUGGAUCCUAUGUACUUCAGGAUCAUCGAGGGUAAGGUUGAGGUCGCCAAGGCUAUUGUUACCUACCCCUUCGACCUCAUCAUCUUCACCGGCUCUCCUAUGAAGGGCAGGCUUGUGGCCAAGGCCGCUGCUGAAAACCUGACGCCUUGUAUUUUGGAGCUCGGUGGGAAAAGCCCGACAAUUGUUGACGAGGACGCUGAUCUAAGCGUGGCAGCGCAAAGAAUCGUCCAAGGGCGGUUCGCGAACAGCGGGCAGACCUGUGUCGCUCCGGAUUACGUGCUGGCCCAUAAGGCCAUCAAGUUCGAGCUGAUAAAAUACCUGGUCCAGUACACCAAGGCCUUCUUCCCUGACCGGACCGACCUCGCUAAGAUCGUCAACUCCAUGCACGUCGACCGGCUCAAAAGCUACCUCUAAGAAAACCACCGAGGACAAGUGAUGGUCGGCGGGCAGGUGGACUAAGCCAACCGGUUCAUCGCCCCCACGAUCGUGGACAGCCCCUCCGACGAAAGCCUGCUCAUGAAGGAGUAGAUCUUCGGACCUAUACUGCCGGUCCGUGAGUUUUCUACGAUCGAGGAGGUGGUGGGUUACGUGAAUGGCAGGGACAAGCCCCUCGCGCUGUAUUACUUCGGCAGUAGGAACAGGCAGCAGCUGCUGUAACGCACGUCCUCGGGGGCCUUUGUGGUCAACGACACCAUUUUCCAUGUGACUCAUCCCGAGCUGCCUUUCGGGGGUGUGGGCAACUCGGGAUCGGGUGCGUACCAUGGUAAGUUUGGAUUCGACGGGUGUUCGCACCUGAAGCCGGUGCUCGAAAAAGGGACGCUUAACAUGUUCCCUCUGUCAGCACGGUACCCUCCCUACGACGGGAGCAAGCAGUCGCUGUUGCUGUUCAUGAUGAAGAACAGUUUCAUCGGGCAGCACAAGCUGCUCUGGAGCCUGGGGCUGGCCAGCCUAGCGGCGGCAGGAGCGUGGGUGUACUGGUCAGGCAGGUGGCAGGACGCGCUGAACAUGCUCUCGAACCAAGGGUUUUUGUGA